UCGUUAUUCGGAGUGUGUAACAGUCAAAUAUUCUCGACUGAUACUAAAAGCAAUGAUACACAAAAGCGCAAAGAUGAGCGUGUUUAACAAUGAAACGAUCACUAAAUGAUGAAUGCGUUUGAUCCGAAUAAUGAAUAAUAUGUCAUACAGAUAAGUAAAGCGCGGUAAUGCUUAACGACAUGAUUUAAGAGUCUGCGCAAAGUACGCGCAUCUUUGACAGCAUUGAGGACGCCAUAAACGCACAUGUGUUUCACUUGUUUUCUUGCGCUUGAGUUCUAAUGUAUCUCUCCGGGUGUUUGUAAAUGAUGUGGAGACAUAUCCCAAGGUCGUUCUUUCACGUGUCGGCGGUCUCUCUAAAGAAGACUCCUCUGCAUCUGAAGGGCAAGAGUGCAGCCGAUCAGAGAUGGCUGGUGAGGCAGCUCAGUGACCCUUUCGUUAAAGCUGCUCACGCACAGAAUUACCGCUGCAGAAGUGCAUUCAAACUGAUCGAGAUAGAUGACAAAUUCAGACUUCUCAAACCCGGCUUGAGUGUCAUCGAUUGCGGUGCUGCGCCUGGUGCAUGGAGCCAAGUUGCAGUCCAGAGAGUCAACUCAACAGGAGAAAGUGUGGGUCUUCCUAAAGGAAGCGUAAUAGGAAUAGAUGUAUUACACAUUUGCCCUUUGGACGGAGCUCAGCUGCUGUCAAAUCAUGACAUCACUGAGCCCUCGACUCACACGGCACUGGAGAAGCUCCUCCCCGAAGCCCGAGCAGAUGUCAUCCUCAGUGACAUGGCCCCCAAUGCCAGCGGCUUCAAGGAACUGGAUCAUGAAAGACUGGUCACCAUGUGUCUAUCAGUGCUGGACUUAGCUGACAAGGUUUUGCACCCUGGGGGAUCUUUGAUUUGUAAAUAUUGGGAUGGAGCUUUGGCCUGUAAGCUCCAGCAGAAGCUUUCCUCUGUGUUUCGAGACGUAAGAACACUAAAACCAAGAGCAAGCAGGAAGGAGUCUGCAGAGCUUUUCUUUCUGGCGAGGAUGUUCAAAAUGAGAUAGGAAGGCUUUUUUUUCAUGCAAAUGCAUUUUAAUGUGUAAAAUAUAAAUAAGUAUAUAUUUUAUUUAAAAAAUAUAUUAUGUUCCUAUUACUUGUAUGUAAAAACACUUGGCUCAGGGCAACAGAAACCAGAAAAUCAAUACAGAUAAUGGAUAUAAAUGCUAUUCAGAAUAAUUAGAUUCAGGUGUUGUACAUAACAUUAAGUCAGAUUUCAUAUGAAUUUUAAUUUAUCAGAGAGGACUAGCAGUGUUAAAGACAUGAUUGACAUUCAUCUAAAUAUAGUGCAGUUUUCUUUCCUUCUGUUAAUAAUGAAAUAAAGAAUAUUAGAAAAGAAAAAGAAACAUUUACUCAUAUGAGUAUUUAUAUUUCAUUUUAUGGAUUAAAUCAGUGGUUCUCAAACAGUGGAUUGUGAAGGAUUCCAAUCAGGUUUUGACUAAUUAAAAAUAUUAAGCAAAACAGAUAAUGAAAUAAAAUAAUUAUAAUUGACAAAAAAAGCUUAUGAUAAUGAAUUAACAGACUGUAACAUUUGAAAAAAUUGUGUUUGUGUUCAGUUAAUAAAAUGCAAUAAAAAAAUGAUUUCCAUUCAAUAGAAAAUUGAUUGUUUCUGUUCAUGCUGCUUUAAAUUUUAAGUUUAGUCGACCUAAAAUGUAAAGUGACACCAUGGAUAUCCACAAGUUAAAUAACGGAAACUCCAACUUCUUUCUUAACAUACAGGAGGCUGCUUUAGGUUUUACUAGUUAAUAUUUCCAAAGAACUGAACAUGAAAGAACAAAACGGCAGUCUGGCCAAAUUAUGGAUAAGCAAAUGUUAUUUCAUGAUUCA